AUGAGGACUAGUCCCCCUGGCUUGAAGCUCCAUCCCCCGUUCCGCGCUGACCAUAUUGGUUCACUGAAGCGACCGGACUACCUGUUGGCGAAGCGGGCUGAAUACGAUGCCGGGAAAUGCACCGCCCAGGACCUGAAACCCCUGGAGGACAAGGCGAUCAAUGACAUCGUACAGAUGCAGAGGGAGGUAGGCAUCAAGUCGAUUACCGACGGGGAGUUUAGGAGACACAUGUUCUUUGACGGCGUAUUCGACAACUUGGAAGGAAUGAAGUACAUCCCUGACGUGCCUCUGCACAUGUUCAUGGACUAUGUUCCGGAUGUCCCUGCAUUCAAGAAACUUGCAGAGGGCAAGGGCGGAACUUCGCACAUCUGCGUGGGAAAGCUCAGACGGACAAAACCUUUCUACAAGGAUCAGUUCGAAUACUUGAAGUCCAUUACGAAGCCCGAGGAGCACCGAAACCUCAAAAUCACCGUUUGUGCUCCGGAGUGGUUCCAUUUACGGCACGGUCCAUAUGCGUACGACAAGAACGUGUAUUCCAACGACGACGAAUAUUUCGCCGACAUCGCCCAGGCUUACAGGGAGGAAAUCAAGGAUUUAUAUGCUCUCGGCUGCCGGAACAUCCAAUUUGACGAUCCUCUUCUGUGUUAUUUCUGCGCUGAGUCCAUGAUCAAGGGGAUGACCGAAGCUGGCGUUGACCACGAAGCUCUUCUUAACACAUAUGUGCGGGUCUACAACGAUUGCCUAAGGGAUCGGCCUGCGGACAUGACCAUCGGGCUACAUUUAUGUCGAGGUAACUUCAGGGAUGGUAGGCACUUCAGUGAAGGCGGAUACGACCGCAUUGCUGUCAAACUCUUCAAUGAGAUCGACGUGGAUUGCUAUUAUCUUGAAUACGAUACCGAACGCGCGGGUACUUUCGAGCCCCUGAAGUUCUUGCCCAAGAAUAAAGUGGUUAUCCUCGGGUUGAUCACUUCAAAGUUCCCGCAGCUGGAAGAUAAAGAAGAAUUGAAAAAGCGAGUGCACGAAGCUGCCGUGACCAUUGCGGAAGGCACCGAGAAGCGGUCGAAGGAGGAGGCUUUGAACCAGCUCUGCAUCAGUCCACAGUGCGGAUUUGCUUCGCACGCCGAAGGGAAUCGCGUCAGCUCUGAGGACAUGAGGAAGAAACUUACGCUGACGGUGGAGACUGCCAAGGAGAUCUGGUCGGACGUGUAA